AUGGAUAGUGGCACUCAAGUCGUGGCCAAGGUUCCCAAUCCUAAUGCAGGGUUACCUCACUUUACGACCGCAAGUCAGGUUGCCACAAUGGACUUUGCUCGGAAUGUCUUAGGCAAUCCUGUUCCUAACAUCUUCGCUUGGAGCUCUAAAGCCGCCGAGAAUCCCGUUGACGCAGAGUACAUUAUCAUGGAGAAGUUGCAAGGCAUCGAGCUUGAACGUGUUUGGCUUAGUAUGGAUAUUCAAGGGACAACUAUAGAGUAUUUCCAAGCUGCAGUCGGUUAUCGAGAGCUAGCUACUGUGGUCCAGCUCCCUCUACCCAAGUCACCAAAUAACGCUUUACGGACCAGGAACCGCCUUCCGCUUUGGCAUAGCGAUUUACACGUCGGAAACAUUUUCGUAAGCCAGACCGAGAUUGUAGGUCUUAUAGACUGGCAGUCUACAGAAGUAGCACCUCUCUAUCUCCUUGCCUGCCAACCCUAUAUUAUUGAUUAUGAUGGCCCACCUGUCGUAGGCAUAGAACGGCCUCGAAAGCCAGAAGAUUACCAGCAGCUUGAUACCGACGCAAAGGAACGAGCAAACGCUUUAUACUUAGAAGAAUCCCUCUUUUCUCUAUACAACAGCUUGACCUGCAAGCAGAACCCACGACUUUGA